AUGCCGAAGGGUGGUAAAAACCGGAGACGUGGAAAGAACGAGAACGACGAUGAUAAGCGCGAGCUGGUUUUCCGUGAGGACGGGCAGGAGUAUGCCCAGGUCACGAAGAUGCUCGGUAAUGGCCGUCUCGAGGCGAUGUGCUUUGACGGCGAGAAGCGGCUGGCACAUAUUCGGGGAAAGAUGCGGAAGAAGGUCUGGAUCAAUCAAGGAGAUAUCAUUCUCCUUUCCCUCCGUGACUUCCAGGACGACAAGGCGGAUGUCAUCGUGAAAUACACCGCGGAUGAGGCUCGUAGUCGUAUGUCAUGUCCAUUGUCCCGUCCUUCUCCCACUCGUGGUUUUUCGCAUGAUAUCCCGUCGCUUUUGGCACUUACACUACCCAUGUGGUUUUCAGUCAAGGCAUACGGCGAGCUGCCCGAGAACGCCAAAAUCAACGAGACCGAAACUUUCGGCGAAGAAGAUGGCGAGUGCACAUUCGAGUUCGGCGAGGACGAGGAGGUCGACAUCGACGACAUCUGA